AUGGCACAAGUUUUCAAGCUAUUCUGUUUUUCAAUUUCUGUACUACUUUUUUUACAGUUGGCAGAUGCAGCUUCCUCUAAAGAAUCUCCUAGUACAGGCAAGGAGUCAAACGACCAAGAUGGAGAAGAACAAAAACCAACUUUUUUAAAAACAAUUGAUAAAGUCAAAGAUAGUAGGCCUGUAAAAAUAGCAAAAGAGAUAUCAAGUGCUGCAGGAGAACAUUUGGGUAAAUUUGGGAAGGACUUCGCAUCUGCGCUAAAAGUUGAAGAAGAAAAGCAAAAAAAUGUGGAUGAUGAAAAUUCGUUCGUUCCAAAAGUCAUUCAAAAUAAUGUAGUUCUACCUGCAAAGGUACUUGCCCAAACAAGUAUCAAUGCUCUCCGAGAACCUGUAGGAAACAUAUUAUCUAGUGUCCAAAACGAAUUUACUAAUGAAUUAGCUAAGUCAGAAAAGGAUGAAGAUUAUGUUCCGAUAAUUGGAACUUUUACACAAAGAGCAAAUAAACCGGUUGCUUUAUUGAAAGCCUCGAAAAAUAUUGUAGGAAAAACAUUCGGUAGCAUAUUUGGAAAAGCGUCAUCGCUUUGGAGUUCGACUAGUUCGGGUAAAAAAAAUAAAGCUGAGAAACCUGAAAAAGAAGACUAA